AUGCCUUGGGGUGUUCUGGAAGUUACAACCGACUUCGGUCAUGUUCCUGGGACUGUACUCCUAGAGCAACCACCAGGCGAGGAGGCUGCUUCCCUGGAACAUCUCAAAAAGCAAGUUCAUGGGGACGAGACCAUUAUUCUGGUUCCUCAGCCCUCGGAUGAUCCAAAUGACCCUUUAAAUUGGUCACUGUGGACAAGAGAUCUGCUCUUUUUGCUCUUAUCUUACUGCUGCCUUCUCUGUGUCGGAGGGAUCGGGCCGAUCUUAUCUUCCCUGGCCCUUGAUAUUAUGGCCCUAUUCGAUGUUUCUUAUACAGACGUCUCCCUGCUUACUGGGUAUAGCCUCUGCGCAACUGCAGCCUCUGGAAUCUUCAUUUCGAUGGUCACUCAUAAGUAUGGGAAGCGGAUGCCACUUAUCUUUUCCAUGCUUUGCGCUUUUGUUGGCACCAUAUGGGGUGGCUUUGCUCAAUCUUACGACUCGCUACUAGGCGCCCGUAUCAUUCAAGGAUUAUCUGUUUCCAUGUUCGAAUCUGUUUUCUUCGCGAUAGUAGGAGAUCUCUAUUUCGUCCACGAACGGGGUAUUCGAAUCGCUGUCGUGACGACAUGUGUUGCCGGUUUAUCGAACUUGCCGACCGUUCUUGCGGGGAAGAUAGCCACAGACCUUGGAUGGAGAUGGGUCUUCUGGAUAUUAGCUAUUUUCAUUGGUGUAGGCCUCGUUCUCUCCAUUCUGUUUGGACGAGAGACAGCCUACAAGCGCCAAGCGGCAUACAACACCGACUUAACUUCCUCACACAACCUGGAUUAUGUUGACGGAAAGCGCGAUGUUUGCGCCGCUCAUAUUGAAAGAAGCAGCGCCACGUCACCCUCGGUAACUGAAACUACGACGGUUAGCAAUUCCAUCCCUCGGCAGACUUUUGCUGCUCGUCUUCGUCUAUAUUCCACAUGUUAUUCGGAGGAGUCGCUGGGCAAGCUUGCCAUUAAACCCAUAGUCAUCCUUCAAAACCCAGCCGUGAUCUGGGCUGCCCUUUUGCUGGCCUUUCCGACCCUUUGGGUUGUCGCAAUCAAUCUGCUCAUCGCAGAGAUCUUUGCAUCACCGCCCUUCCUCCUCACCACGGCGGAGCUGGGCUACAUGUCUUCUGGGCCAGCCUUGGGAGGCUUCGUGGGCUCCAUCGCCGCGGCCAUCAUAUCAGAUCCUCUCAUAAAGUUCAUGGCACGCAGGAACAAGGGCAUUUAUGAGCCGGAAUAUCGCUUGGUACUCAUGAUCCCAGCAAUGGUGCUGUCCGCAAUUAGUUACUUCCUUUUUGGGGCACUUAUUGAGCACAGGCAGACCCCCAUUGCAAUGGCCGCGCUCUGGGGAACCGCUACAGCCGCGCUGCAAUUCAUCACGAUGGCCGUCGGCACCUACUGCGUCGAUGCCUAUCGAAAAAUCAGCAUGGAGAUCUUCAUUGCUACAAUGGUGAUUAAGAAUUUCCUAUUCUAUGGAUUCUCUUGUGAGAUCUAUGUCCUGGGCCAAGGAAAUGUUCUUCGCAGCUAA